UAUAAUAAGCGGGUAUUUAAUAAUUGAAAUGUGUAUUUACUUUUUUUACAUGCAUCGGUAGUUCUUUUUAACGGUUAAUUCAUUUAUGAGCAAUACACUAUUUUCUUACGACUUUUACCGACUGCUGACGAAAGAUUUUUGGCAUGAUUAUAUCAACACUGCCAUAUUAUAUACAUACAAACAAUAUGAUCUAUUAAUGAUAUUGGGAUAUUGUACAUAAACAAUGGUUUUAGUCAAAAUCUUGGAUAAAGUUCUUGGACCUAUCGGUGUUUACGAAGGCCAUCGAACUGUAUUCGACGAUAAUUUCAUCGAUCGAUUAUGCCAUUAUUACACGAUUAUUGGACUAUUUUUCGGCACAAUUCUCGUCGGAACAGCCGAAUACGUCGGGAAUCCAAUCGAGUGCUGGUGCCCUGCUGAGCUCAGUCCUGAGGAAGUAAAAUAUGUGAACUUUGUGUGCUGGGUUCAGAAUACGUACUAUAUUCCGCCAUUUAAACCUGUUCCUUAUGAAUAUGAGUUCCGAUACAGUAACACAAUAUUUUAUUACCAAUGGGUUCCCCUUAUUCUACUUAUUAUGGCGGUUAUAUGUAAAUUUCCUCGACUGGUAUGGAAAUAUAUGUCUAAUAGGUGCGGAGUCGGAAUUAAAAAAUUAGUUGAAUUGGCAAAACAGACACACCUUACUUCAAAGGAAGACCGGGAACAAAAAUUAAAAUUUGUUGCUCAGUAUAUUGAUAAAUGGUGUCUAAAUGUUCGUCCUUAUCGUUCAGGAAUUUUUGCUCCAACUCGUGAACAUGCUGCAAGCCUGUGCGACAUCGGCUGUGGACGUCACCAUGGAAACUACCUGAUCAGCAUUCGAAUAAUGGUCAGAAUUAUGUACUUUGCUGUUUCAUUCGGACUUCUCUUCUUUCUAAACGAAUUUCUUCAAAACGAUAUAUAUAUUUACGGAUAUGACGUAAUAAAUAAAUUCUUGGCUGGCCAAGAUUGGUCGCUAAAUCACGUGAGAUUCCCAAGAGUCACGCUCUGUGACUUUGACCUUCGUCAGUUGUCAAACAUUCAGAGGUACACGAUGCAGUGCGUACUUCCGGUUAACCUUUACAACGAAAAAUUAUUUAUAAUCCUAUGGUUUUGGAUGACUUUGAUAUCGGUAAUGUCAUUCCUAAACGUAAUUUAUACGUUAGUCGUCGCUCUUAUGAAGAAGUCGAGGAAAAACUUCAUCAAAAAGUAUUUACGACUCAACGAACUUUACGAGAAGAGGGAACGAGACGCAUUAACUAAAAAAUUACUACAAAAGUUUGUAGAUUUACAUCUAAGAUAUGACGGAAUAUUUCUACUACAACUCAUGUCAAAUAAUGUGGGUAGUGCUGUAAUGGGAGAUGUUAUAAAGCACCUUUGGGACCUAUAUCGUGAUAGACAGUUCCAGAUCAACAACGGGACAGUCCCGAAACCUUCCGAUAAGAACUCUUACGUGUCUUAUAGAAGCAGUAAUGGGACAUUAUCGAACGACUUUAAGAAGACGCUAGCAAAUGAAAGUUUUGUAUGAUAACAGAAAAAACCUUUAGAGAUAGAAGUCCAUUUUUGGGAUAAAAGAUUAAAGUACACACUAGCUAUAAUAUGUGAGAACUAGUCGUGUACUUUGUGUUACCUUGUUAUACAGUGGCUAUGAUUGUUUUGAACAGUACAUCAUCUUGGUUAUGUUGUAAAUCAAACAAAUCAUUGCACCUGGCAUUUUUUGGUGCGAAAAUUAAUGCGCUAAUUCAUUAUUUGAAUGAGAACUAAACUGGUCUGCCAGUAAAAACUUUCUCUCACUCGAUUAUUCUAUUGUAAGAUUUCUAUCAUAUAAAUAUUUUCUACUUAGUACAUUUCAUCAAUUAGCCAUUAGUUAGUGUUCUUGCUAGAAUUUGAAGCCAGAGGAGCACAGUGUUAAGUAGAUGGACGCUUUAGAUAGAUGUUGUGUUAAAAAAAGGAACACCUUAAUCAUGCGUAUAGAUUAAACAAAUUAAAGAAUUACACAUUAUGAUGUACUUUAGGGUUGUAAAAUCUUUUUCCAAUAGUGAGAAUUAUUUUCUGCUUUGAAAAAUAUUUAUAUUCCUUUAAAAAAUGCACAGGGAAGGUUAUAAGGGGAAGAGGGGUGUAAAGAAAGGACAGAGAUGCAAACAGAAAGGACAACAGGGGGUUCUUUUUGUGGCUAGCUAUGACAUGAAAUUAGCACUGCCUUCAUAAGCAUAUUUUAUGGUUUAUUUCAUACUAACAAAAUAUAUUGCUCUCGACUACGCCUCGUUGAUAUAUUUUUAUAUGUAUGGUGAUAUACCAUAACGUCUUCAAGUAAGGCAGUACGAUAUGUUCAUCUGUGACUUUUUUUUCAUAUUAAUUAAUUUACUCUAUAUAUGUAGUGAAUGUGAAACAAAUGAUUUUAUGUCAGUGCCAUAGACCUCCUUGUUAUUUUGGAUUCUGCGAUAACUGACAUUUUGUGAUAUUUGACCUAUUGACAUGAUUUAACAAUCACUUUUGCAUAAAAUAUUUACCUUUGUUAGGUGAAAAAAAUUACCUGAAAGUUUUUGCUUUUCCUGUAAUGACGAAUGAACUGUAACGACGGAUGUGUGCAAUGACAAAUGUCAUGUAAUGACGGAUGCACUGUAAUGAUAAAUGUCUUGUAAUGACGGAUGCGUUGUAAUAAUAAUUGUCUUGUAAAGACGAAUAUCUUGCAAUGACGAAUGUGUGUAAUGGCGAAUGUCUUGUAAUGACGGAUGCAUUGUAAUGACGAAUGUGUGUAAUGACGAAUGUGUGUAAUGAGGAAUGUCUGUAAUGAGUAAUAUGUGAAAUGGCGAAUGUCCUGUAAUAACGAAUGUGUGUAAAUGUCUCGUGAAGGCGAACAUCCUGUAAUGACGAAUGUCUCGUGAAGGCAAAUGUCCUGUAAUGACUGAUGUCUUGUGAAGGCUAAUGUCCUGUAAUGACUGAUGUCUUGUGAAGGCGAAUGUCCUGUAAUGACGGACGUCUUAUUGAGGCGAAUGUCCUGUAAUGACGGAUGUCUCGUGCAUGCGAAUGUCAUGUAAUGACGGAUGUCUUGUGAAGGCGAAUGUCAUGUAAUGGCGGAUCUCUUAUGAAGGCGAAUGUCCAGUAAUGACGGAUGUCUUGUGGAUGCGAAUGUCCUGUAAUGACAGAUGUCUCGUGAAGGCGAAUGUCAUGUAAUGACGGAUGUCUUGUGAAGGCGAAUGUCCUAUAAUGACGGAUAUCUUGUGAAGGCGGAUGUCCUAUAAUGACGGAUGUCUUGUGAAGGCGAAUGUCCUGUAAUGACGGAUGUCUUGUGGAGGCGAAUGUCAUGUAAUGACAGAUUUCUUGUGAAGGCAAAUGUCCUAUAAUGACGGAUGUCUUUUGAAGGCAAAUGUUCUGUAAUGACGGAUGUCUCGUGAAGGCGAAUGUCAUGUAAUGACGGAUGUUUCGUGAGGACGAAUGUCCUGUAAUGACGGAUGUCUUGUGAAGGCUAAUGUCCUGUAAUGACGGAUGUCUUGUGGAUGCGAAUGUCCUGUAAUGACAGAUGUCUUGUGAAGGCGGAUGUCCUAUAAUGACGGAUGUCUUGUGAAGGCGGAUGUCCUAUAAUGACGGAUGUCUUGUGAAGGCGGAUGUACUACAAUGACGGAUGUCUUUUGAAGGCCAAUGUCCUGUAUAGACGGAGAUUUACUUGUAACUCCAAAGGUUGAUGUUAAUGGUAGAUCUUAAUCUUAUUUAUUUUUGUUCCUGUUUAAUUUAUUUUAUUACUUUCAUCCUCCGGACAAUUGAGAGCUUGGCAUAUGACACCUGUCUAUUGUAGAUGACUGUUUGUUGUCCUCUAGAUGUUAUUUGAUAUUAUGCUUUCGUUGGGUUUUUGUCUCAUAGACGUAUACCGCAUAUCUCAUUUCAUCUACAUUUGUACAUACAGUCUGUAACCAUAGAAACUGAAAUCAGAAGACUUGAUUACAUCUGCACAUAUAUAUUCAUGAUUUAUUUUUCACGCCAUACAUUACAUAUUUUUUGUUUUUGUAUUAAUUUUUUUUGGCAUUUCAAAUGUUUGUGCAUUUAUAAUUUAUUUUAUAUUUUUAUGCAUUUAUUUAUUGUCACUUUUACGUUUUUUUUUCUUAAUAAAUAACUGUUUUGUAGAUGGAGAUUUGUUUAUUUGUUUAAUAAACUUUUUGAAAAUCUU